AAAUAUGAAAUCAGAAAGAGAUUUGAGAAAAAUAUGGCAUACUGAGAAGGGCAAGAGAUUCAUGUAUUUUGCCGUUUUCUGAAAAAGAUUUCCGUUCCGCAUUAAAAAUUUAAAAGGGCAUCAAUCGCAAUUGGGGUAGGAAUAUGACAUAAUCAAUGCCUUCUAUAUGCUCAACAGUUAACACAUUAAACAAAACAAAAGUAACAAAUCAAACAUGUUCCGCUAUUUCAAUAGUAAUUAGCCGGAAAAAAAAUAUAAUAUAAACUUAAAUCCCAUUGUGAUGAUGCACCAGCAUCAUAGUCACUUUCCACAUUUUCUGGCUGAAAGCUUUGAACUGUUUGGAAAUCUAAGUUGUAAUCAAAAUCCCAACCCACCACGCGCGUAUAUUCAAGACUUAGAAAAAAAGGUAUUUUAUAUAUAUGUGGUCUAUAUUGUAUGAGAGAUUACAUGUGGUGCGUGUUUCAUAACACAUUCUUUGUCACUCAUAAUCUCACUUACUCCCUAAGUAAUAAUCCAAUGAAAUAAUUCAUCCAAUAACAUUCCAAUCUUUCAAUCUCCUACCAAGCCCCAUUUACACAAAUUUUAUUGUUACCAUAAAAAAAAAAAAAAAAAAAAAAAAUACUUGAGUAGGAUAUCUCACGAGAUCAUGACUACUUUUUAAAAUGUAAGUCUAUAUAAGCUGAAGUGCAUUGCCAAUUCAAUUCAAGCAGCAGCUUGCUUAUCCACACUACUCUAACUACACUGAAGAGUUUUUCCAAUUCGGUAUGGCCAUUAGCAAAUGCCUUUUGGUUCCAUUUCUGAUUGUACUAAUUUCAGGAUUGGCUAAGAGCUUUGAAUUCGAUGAGGAGGAGUUAGCGACAGAUGGAAGUCUAUGGAAGCUCUAUGAAAGGUGGAGUCACCACCAUGCAAUCUCCAGGGAACUAAAGGAGAAGCAUAAACGUUACAACGUGUUUAAAGAGAAUGCGAACCAUGUGCUCACAGUGAAUCAGAUGAACAAACCAUACAAGUUGAAGCUGAACAAAUUCGCAGAUAUGUCCAAUUAUGAGUUUGUGAACGUGUAUGCUCGCUCUAAUAUUACCCACUACAGGAGGUUACAUGGCAAGAGAAGAGAAGGUGCCAGUGGAUUCAUGUACGAAAAGGCUACAGAUCUUCCAUCGUUCAUUGAUUGGAGGGAAAGAGGAGCUGUCAGUGACAUCAAGGAUCAAGGCAGAUGUGGUAGCUGUUGGGCGUUUUCGGCUGUGGCUGCAGUUGAAGGGAUCAACCAAAUCAAAACCAACCAACUAUUGUCUCUAUCAGAGCAGGAGCUACUCGACUGCAACACAAGAAACAGAGGCUGCUAUGGAGGAUUCAUGGAAACCGCUUAUAAUUUCAUAAGGCGAAAUGGAGGAAUCGCCAGCGAGAACAACUAUCCCUACCGUGGCGCAAGAGGAUCCUGCCGCUCAUCUAGAAUGCCUUCACCAAUAGUGACAAUAGAUGGAUUCGAAAGCGUACCUGAAAACGAGAAUGCUCUGAUGCAAGCCGUCGCAAACCAACCAGUGUCAGUCUCCAUCGAGGCCCUAGGGAGAGAUUUCCAAUUCUACUGGCAGGGAGUGUUCGAUGGAGAUUGUGGAACAGAGCUUAAUCACGGAGUGGUGGUGAUCGGCUAUGGAACAACCGACGGCGGAACAGACUACUGGACUGUGAGGAACUCAUGGGGCGUUGGAUGGGGAGAGGAUGGUUACAUAAGGAUGAAACGUGGGGUGGAAGAUCCAGAAGGUCUGUGUGGAAUCGUGAUGGAGGCCUCUUACCCCCUCAAGUUCUAAAUUACUAU